AUGCAAGACAUGGAUGAUGAUGUGAAGUCGGUUGCCAAGACAGAGCGAUCGCUCGGAGGCGAGACUAUCAGCAGCGCUGCAAAGCCGGGCAGUGGCCUCUGCAAGGAUGGAACCGUGUUUCUGAAAGUGAAGACUUGCAUCGCCUGUGGCAUCAAGAACACGGAUACGAAUGAAAUUCUGAAGGGUUCGUUCGCAGACAACAGGUACACCGUCUGGCACAGAGGAACUUCCAUCGAUCCGUCAUCUAAAGAUUGCAGGGUGUGCCAUAUGACUUACCAAAUCGGCUCCUUCGGUGAGGAAGGCGAGUCGAUCGAGGCCUUCUGUACCAAGAUGCGGAAGUCUCCCCAGCUUCAGGCGGAGUUCGAUGCAGCGAGGACAAAAAUGUUGGAGCUCUUGAAUGAAGGGCAAGUCAGGUUCAAAGCCAAGACUCUUCACAAUGCGAAAGCGAAACUUGAGGACUCUCGCAAGAAAGUGGUGGAAGAGUUCAAAGAGGCCAGCGAACAGAUUAUUACCCCCUACAAAAUGUAUGACCGCAGUUUGUAUGAGCAGCUGCAUCCAGGUGCCAUCGAACGCAAAAAUCUGAGGGUUGCAAAGAAGGUCAUCAAUGGAGAACUCAAAGAGGUUGUGAUGAUUCGCAAGCAAAAGGAAGGAGAGUGGGACCUGAAUGUCGUGGAAAAAGUUGGUGUCAAACACAAGGAAGAGGUCGCCACGUCGGACUUGAAGCUUCAUGAGGGCCAACUGGGCAACAAGUUCGCCUCGUCCAAGAAGCGGGUGUUUUCUGCUGUGGAUAAAGCCAACGACUGGCAGGACAUGCAUGCAGAGGAUGACAAAGGGGGGGCAGGCGCCGAAGAAUUGCCGCGCAGAGUGGAGGAGGAAUCAUCGGAAGAUGAUGAUUUCAUGACCGGGUCUUUGCUGCAAGACAUUGGCAGCCCACCGAAGAAAAGUCAAAGGAACGGCAUGUUGUCGAAAAAAGAGCUGAACACGAUGGUGACCGACGUGGAGACUUCAGACACGUAUAAAAAGUCCAUGCAAGAGUUUCAGAGUCGCGCUCAAGAGUACUUGAGAAAGGCUACGCAGUUCGACAACAAGGUCAAAAAGUGGCAGAACCUGCCAGCGGAGAUUGGCGAGCUGUCUGGACGGCAGAAAGAGCUGGCUGGUAUUUACCAGUCUUGCGCGGGGGCAUUUCAGCUGUCAGCUAAGAGGUCCCCUUGUGCUGAAAAGAUGGAGCAGGCGAUCCAAUCUUUGCAAGGCCAAAACUUGCAGGUUCCGUUGGCAUGGUGCGACUUCUACUUGAUGGAAAAGCUUACGGACUGUAUCCGCUUCAAGAGACUAGAGGACUUCGUCGAAGCAUGUGACCCUGCAAACAAAGUUUUCUCAGACGCGGAGCCAGAGCAGGCUGCAGCAAGCGUCCUGAGGUGUUUGGGCGAAACCUUUUGCAAUCUUGUGCCUGCUGCUCCCGAUCCGGCUGCCAGCCAGAAGAGAGGUCGUAAGAGACUGGGGGCACCAGAUGCAGAGUUGUUGGCGACCCUGGUGGAGCAGUUGUUGGCAGGAGGGACUGCAGGCGAUCAAAUUCUCGAAGAAGUCAAUAUUUUUGCUGAGGCACUGGGCAAGGAUGACGGUGUGCGGGAGAAGGCGUGUCAACAGCUUAACGUGUGGAAGGCAGAUGGCAACUACUUUGGAGUUUUGCGGCCCAUGUUGCGGAAUGAGAAGUGGCCAGCUUUCGCGGAGUCACUGACAGCGCGACCUUCUGCUGCUUCAGUUUCUACAGAGCUGCGAGCUUUGUUUGAGCAGGUCAAUGCGAUGACCUCCUUGUUGCCAGAGCAGAUCAAGGACGACUUUGCGGACAUGCUACGGAAGGCAGCAGAAACAGCGGAAGACUGCGAUGGGGUAAACUCCGUGAUGAUCGGCCUAAAGUUGUUUGCUGAAGAGGCUCGGAAACAGCAGCUGGAGGUCACGUUGCGCCUUUGCAAAGACAUCGCCAGCCGCGGUGUCUCAGCCAUGGAUUUCCAAGGUGACCAGGUGCUCAAAGACGAGAUUUUUUCCAAAGGCUGCUGGCAGUUUCCUGGUCUUGAAGCCGUUCUGGCUGACUCGCCGGCAGAAGACAAGCACAAACAGGUGUUGCUGCAAACGUUUUCUGAGCUGAAAGCUGCGGUUGCCAAGUUGAAGCACACCGACUCCUUGCUUGCAGGAGUUUUGGCCCUGGCCAAAGCUUCGCAACAGCAUGCAGACCAGAUAUGUUCGGAAGACUUGCAGAGCUCAGUGGUUCGUUGUUGGAGUGCCGUAAAACACAAGACGCAAACCGAUCCUGACGUUGCUUCAGACGAUGACCCACUCCGUAUAGCUCUCGAUAAGCUGCUGAUGGCCACCAAGAUAGAGCAAGUAGGACCGCGCGUGUAUGACGAAUGCAUGCAACAAUUUCGGCUGUCAGCCAAGAAGGUGAUGGAGGCAGCGAUGCAGCGCCAGCAGAAGGCAACAGCGGACGCAUUGCGAACAAUGCUGGAUAUGGAGCACAAAUGUAUGCAGUGCUCUGCGUUGUCUGAUACGCCGGUCUUUGCCCGCUCCUGCAUUUCGUUCGCAUGUUUGGUGUUUGCAAAGGUGUGCGAGGCUCUGCCUUCCGCUGUCAGCGAGAAAGUGCCAGACGAGCUUUUGACAUGUGGCAUCGUGGACACCGUCACCGCAGCAUGCGACAGGGAAGCUUGCAAGCAGAAGUUGCUUCAGAUACUGGAUCAAGACACCUCUGAGAAGUUUUUCGAGCAAGCUUCGGCCUUGCACGAACUUGUAAAGCCUCUUUUUACCAAGAAGUCGCAGGCUCUUGAGAAGCUGUUGGCAGAAGCGCUGCAGGCUAUGAAGGAUGCUGUGGUACUGCAGAGUACAGCCGACAUGCCUUUGGAAGCAUUUGUCAAAGCUGUGCUUUCUGGAGACCGCGUGAAGGCACUCUUGAAGCAGCUUCGAGUCGCAGAAAAAAACAUGCAGGCUUGUGGCCUCUUGAAGCAAGGCAGCUUGCAAGAGGAAGUGACUGAACUGAAAAACCAGGCUCGGCUGCAAAUCUUGAAGUGGGGCGCUGCAGUCAUCCUGACCAACCCGGAGCUGGACAAGGACUCAGCCAAAGGCAAGGGCCUGAGGAAGGCCUUGAAAGACAUAUGGGACUCUCAUGGCGAGGAGAAAGAGUUUCAAAAGGUUUUGGGCGCGGAUGCGUGCAACUUGGUGGCAACAAGCCUCAAGGGCCCCACCAAACGCGAGGGUGGGGAGGACAAUGAGGACUGCUCGUUCAAGGCCGAUGAGCAGAUUGCUUUGCGGCUGACAGCCAGAAACAGUUUUGGCUUGGCCAUUUUGGCCACAGGCGGCGGCGGCGGCGUUCUUUCUGGUCCGGGAUGGGUUCGGCUGACAGCCAUGGAAGAGCAUCACCUGCCACAACAAGCCGAUGUGAGCUGGGCCUGUAAGUGCCUGUUAGCCUGA